AUUGCACUGCACUGCCGAGAGACGGCAGGCACCAGGCAAAGGCAGGCACGCAGGAGCGGAGGGGCGAGGAAGAUCGGGGGAGAACCAGCGGAAGGGGGAGGGGGAGGGGGAGGCGGAGGCGGAGGAAGAGAUUAGGGCGGCGAGGAAGGCGGCGACCGGCGAGGGAGAUGAAGGGAAAGCCCCUGACGCUGGAGAAGUACCGUCGCUUCUUCCUCGACCCAUGGGGCACCCGCAUCACCAUCGAGCAACUCAACGAGAUCCUGUUCAUGCAUGGCUUCAUCAGGCAACACCAUGGGAGAAAGGGCAGGAUCAUGGAGUGCCUGGUGGGGCAGGUGGACCUGCUGCCGCCGCGCCGCUCCACGCUGCACCCUGGGGCGCUGUCCGCCGCGUCCCCGCCUUCCGCGGCCGCCAUCACCGCGGCGCAGGCCAGGGACGACGUCGCGGCGAUCGGGUGGGUCGAGUGCCCCAUCGGCUGUGUCGCCGCGUUCGGCGCGCAGGGUGCCGACGCGCCGGAGCCGGUGGAGCGCGUGCCCCGGCCCGCCGACUUCGUCCUCGCCGGGCGCCGCCCGCAGUCCAGGCGGACGCGCCGCUCCGCGUACGGAUCGCCAGUGACGUCGCCGCGUCCACGAAGGAGAAGGCGGGCGCGCCCCGGAAAAAGGCGAACGUGAUCGUGAAGCUGGAGGAGGAGGUGGAGCUAUCGCCGCCGCCGCCGCCGCCUCCACCGCCGCUUUGGAUGCGGUCUCCCACUCCGCCUCCACCGGCUUCGCCGCCCCCGCCGCCAUCUCCUCCGCCUCCUCCACAGGACGUGGCGCCGCGGCCUUAGCCACCGUGCCAGCCUCAGCCUACGUUGACGCCGAUACCCGCGCCACCAGCUUGGGGGCACGCCCACGGUGCUACCGCAUCCAUCGCAACUCUUCUGGGGCUUGCCGCUGCCGCCAGCGCCGGGAUGGAGCGUACCCAGGGUUCCGCCGUCUUACCCGGCGCUGUUCUGGGGCACACCCAGUGUGCUGCCGACAUUGCCACCGCAUGUGCCCUGGCGCUGGCCGCCCACCCCGGCGCCAACAGCGCCCCCGCCCAUGCACCUGCUGCGGUCACCACUUUCCCUACCGCUACACCGGCCACAGCCGCAUUUGCAGGGGCAGCAGCCGCCUCCUUCGCUUGCUCAGACACCGCCGCCUCCCAGGCAACACCACCCACCGCUAAAUCUCUACGGGCAGCAUCCACCUCCUGCUCUCCUUCAGACACCACCACCUCCUAUGCAGAUGCAGGUGCGCCACCCGCCGCCACAUUUGCAGGGGCAGCCGCCGCCUCCUACACUGCCUCAGACACCACCACCUCCAGGAGUGUCCUGGGGUAGACCGGCGUUCCCGGUUCUCUGAUUGUUGCUAAAGUUCAGAGAUCAGACACAUGGAUAGUGAAUUGAAGAUAAUCAGGUUAUUUGUUGUUUGAACUCUGAAAGGUUAACAGCUGUUUGUGACUUCUGUUUUCUGCCCCUUACUUAGGAGUAUUUACCAUUUCUGUAUCCAAAAAUAUAAUUGUGAACAUACUGCCAAAUCGGAUGAAAUGAAGAAGUACUAUCCCUCUCGAGAUUCCUCUUAA